AUGAAAACCUCCCAAGGAAAAAAAAAGGUACUAUAAUUUAUUAAUAUUUAUAAAUAGUUCUAUUUUAUAGUAAUCAUAUUAUAUUUAGAUCUAACUGUUCAAAUGGUCCUGUUGUGAUGAUUGUCCUGAUGGUAGUGGAAAUACAAAUUACUCUAAUGGUUACAAUUUUAAUAGUCUAGGAUUAAUCAAGCAAUAAUGUAAUCAAGUAUGCACUGGCUCCAUUUUUUAAUACCGAGAAAUUAUUUUGUAAGGGUGGAGUAGGUACAAGAAAUUAUCCUUUAAAUUUGAUGAUUGGAAUAAGAUUUUUGGUUGAAAAGUUGAUAACAGACAAAAAUAAAAUAAUAAUCUAAAAUCAUAAUCUUAACUUCCUUAAUAUUUCAUUAGUUGUGUUACACAUGAAAUGAAAAACUGCAUCAACAUAAUAACUUUCAUAAUUUUGUAUAAAGAGUGAUUAUCCCUAACAUUUUUUUUAAUUACUUGACUAAUAUGCCUAGACUAUAUUAUAGUAAUGAAAAAAUUAAAAAUAUAUAAUUUAAUGGGAUCUAUAAACAGAGAAGGCUGAAGGGUCUAUGUGUGGUAAGGUCUAUAUUCCCAGUAUCCUGGUAGGUCAAUAUGCACCUGGUAAUUUUGAAUUUUAUUUCUUUUUAAAUUACUAUAGGUAACACAAUUUAUUUCAUAGUAUUGUAAAUUAUUGUGGUGUUCUUAUGUGGAAACAUUAUUGAUAUUGGUCAGAGUCAGAGUCAAUGACAUAAAUUGGCCUCAAUUUUUGGUGGUGCAGAGAAAUACUAUGAUUUGUAAUUUUUAACUAACCAAUAUUCCAACUUCCUAUGUAAAUCUGCCAGGGCAUACAUGCAAUAAAUGCAGAUAAUAUAAUAUUAAUAUUAUUGCAUGGUUUCAUAGUCUUUGUAAUAAUAUAAAAUAAUAAAAUAAGGACAAAAUUUACAAUUAUCACAUAUGCAAUGUGGUAGUGCAAUUGCUACAUUUGCACCAUCCAAUUUACGCCACCAGUCAGGGCUGUGUAAUAAUAUAUUGAUCCAAACAUUAUGUAAAUUAGUUAUUAUUACAAAUAAGCUCACUGUAAUCAACAUUUAAAAUAACACCAUAUUUUCAAUUAUUAUGUCUAGGUUACUAUAUUUUCAUUACAAAUUCAUCACUGAAUUGGAAAAAAUAAUACAUUUAACAUAGACAGUUUUAUUGGUGAUAUUUAUUGAAUAGCUUUCUCUGAAGUAAAACUGGACUAUCUAUAGUUUAGUAUUUUAAGAUUACAAUUAUGUAUGUUAGCUGUACAAUAAUGGAAACCUGUAAAAUGUUUAACUAUACAAUUUUCAAAAGUAUUCAAUAAAUAUUUUGAAUUUAAAAAAAACCUAAUAAGGUGUUAAAAAAUCAAACCAAAAAUCAUCAUUCAAAUUAUUUAUACAUAUUAAUUAACUAAUGAAUUUUAAACAAAAUUGUUUUGUAUAUUAAUAAUUUGUACAAAAAAAUUAAAUGUAUUAUGUUGUUAGCUUAGUAAAUACAUCAUACAAAUAUUGAAAUUUAUAAUUUAAUUUUUACUUACAAUAAUAAUGACUGAACAAAUAUAGAGUAAAAUAACAUAACAAAUUUGAAAUAAAUGUUUUAUUAGUAAAUAAGGUCAAUUUUAGUAUCAAUAUUAGUCAAUAUCAAUAAAUACAUCAUAUUUUUUGAAUUUUAUACUUAUUAAAAAUAUCUUAUUAGAAGAUAAAUUCAGUUUAAAUAUGAUAUAGCCAUAUUUUUGUUGUUACCUAUUAAAAUUGAUCACGUUUUUGUCAUUCAUAGUACAUGAAUUUCCUUGAAUACCUAUUUAAUCUGCUUAUUUUUUGUUGAUGUACAAUAUAAUAUUUUUUUGAACUAAUUAAUUAAGCUAUCCAUAUUUUGGUGUAAUUAUUUUAAUUGCAGCUUCCCCACUAUAAGUGAUUUAUUUUACACAUACAGAAUGUACAACUUACAACUGAAUGGUUGUUGGUCAACUAAUAAAAUCUACCACAGUGAAUUUUUAUUAUAGGAUAAUAAUUUUAUAUCUGUUCUAGUUUGUUGGAUAUUUAUUAUAAUUUUUAUGUGAUUUAGCAAAUAAGCAAAUACAAUUUAUUGCUAUUAAGCAAUCUAACCAUUAUGCAAACCUAUUCCACCCCAAAAAGUGACAAAGUGAAAAAAACAGUUUUAUAAAAUAAAUAUAUUUAAAUGCCUUAUUUAAUUCCUAUUUAUCUAGGAAAAAGGUGUCGAAGUGAUAUCAUAAAUAGUUAAUGAACCACUCAUGUAAUUUUUGACAAAAUUGAAUACAAAUUAAUCUGAAUUUGGAAUUUAAAACAAAUUAAUUUUUAAAUCAUUGAGUCAAUUUUUGCAAAAAAAAGAUACUGAAUUAUCUACAUGAUAAUGUAUUGUGAUUAUGUAUGUGUAUUAUAUUGAAUUUUGACUUGAGCUAUCAAUUUUUUUUCAGAAUAAUGCAGUCACAUUUAAUGUGCAAGCAUAUCAUUUAGCAGUAAAUUGGAAUUGGGCUGCCAUAUUUAUGGAUUAGUUUGUCAACAGUUCUAUCAAAAUACAAGCCAGUUUGGAUUAAAAGUAAAUAUUUUAAUAUAUUAGGUGUGUGCUAGCAACUAAAAUAUUGUACAUAAUAAAACAAAACAAAAACAAAUUGUUUUUCAUUAAUACUCAAUCAAAUUUAAAAAUAUAAUAAAGUAAAUAAAUAAAAAUAAUAACUUAUAUGAAAAUACACAUAAAAUAGCUUUUGCUCUGUUCAAUAAAAAGUUCAAAAAGUUAUUUUCUUCAUUUAGUAUUUUAUAUUCUUAAAAAUGGAAAUAUUAUUUUUACAAAAUUCAAAGUAAUCAUUUUUGUAAAUUUAAAUAUAAACAAUAUUUUAGUAUUAGAAAUAUUUACUAAUGGUGAAUAAAUUUUCUACAAUAUUUUGAAGUUUAUAAUACUUUAAAUUGAUAUUAUUGCCACUGAAUAAUAUCAAUUGAUUAACAAACUUAUCCAUUACAAAUAAUUAUAUUAAUGAUUAAACUUUAAAAAUGAUUAGAUAAAGAACAAAACAAAAUUUGGAGUAUUAUUAAAGUAGUUUGUAUAAUAUAGGUUUAAAAAAAAAUCAUGAUCAGUAGUAGAAUAAUAAAAACUGAAAAAUUGAAUAUAAAUUCUAUAUAAAAUUACUAUUUUUACACAGUAAGUAAACUAAUUCUGCUAGAAAAAAUGUUGAAAUUUAGUGAGAUGACAGAUUUAAGAAGAAUUAUUAUUUUAUACAAAAUAUUGAUAUAGAAUAUUAGUUUUAUAAUUUUGUCUGUACAUUCAUAAUAUUUUUGAACUUAUUUCCCUUAACCUCAUUAUAAAUAUGAAAAGUUAUUAUCAGUAGUACUCAUUAUUUCAUCAAAAUCAACAGUAUGAGUAUUUUUUAAAACAUAACUUGCUAAAUUAUAAUUAACAAAAGCUUGCUUUAAUUUAAUUUUGCUCUUUGUAUAUAAUUUUAAAGUUUCUAAUAGAUUUUCAUUAUAAAAUGUAUUACAAUUAAAUUGCAUGUUUAUAAUGAGGUUAAAAAAAAUACACUUAAACAAAUCUUGAAUGUACAGGUACAUGGUUUUAGGUAUAAUACAACCUCUUAAAUCUGUCAUUUCAUCCCAUUUAACGAUCUCUUCAGCCUGGUCUGGAUCACAUGGUGAAACAUUUGACUAUGUCAAUCUGGCUUUCAUAUAGGAUUAGUUUACUCCUUGAUUUUAUAUUUAAUUAUUUCAGUUUUCUUAUUCUAUUACUUGAAUAUGUUUGUUUAUUUAAGCUAUGCAUAAACACUAUAUUAUAAUACUUUGGACUUUCUUUUUUUCUUUUUUUUUGUAUAUAUAUAUUUAUAUUUGUAUUCCAUAUAUACCUAUGCAUUAUAAUAUAUUUUUAUUUUAACUAAAUUAUUUCUUUUUUACCUUUAUUUAUAUUUUUAUAUUAAUGUACACACAAUAAAGUACUAUAGAUUGGGUUAUAAUAUUAUGUUUAAUUUUCACAGAUAAAAACAGAAAUUUCAGACAAAAUCUACAAUUUGCUGCAGACCAUAAGAAAGUAA